UAGUUAUUAUAAUUGUAAUGUUUGAUAGAUGUCGCUCAUAGUUAACUUAAGUGUCUUAUAUUGUGAGUGCGUUACCAAUGUCAGUCGCUUGUGUGCAACCAGUGAGUAAGCUGGUAUUCUGGAUAGUUGUGAACCUCUGUACUCUUUUAUUAUAACUUAACACAUUAAACUAUAUUUAUAUAUUUUAAUACUAAAUGAGUUGUUGCUUAUUGACCUAGAAUUAUUCUAGUAUUCUCACAUACAUUACAGUGGCGACGAGAAUAAAAUAAUUAAGAGAAAGUUACUAAUAGUCCAAGUGCGUGCAAAUUCCAAGCGUCAAGAUGAGUGAAGAACUAGAAAGACUAAAGAAAGAGCUAGAAGCUGAACGCCAAAGGAUCAUUCACGAGGGUCAAAAACUUAAUUCAGAGAGACAAGAGCUUGAUAAAUACAAAGCACAACUACAGAGUCAAAAGUCGAAAUUGCAAGCUGAAAAGGAAAAGCAUGAUCGUGAGUCGACGCAACCAAUGGUUAUGUUAAGUGGUAUCGGUUCACUCAAGGAAUUCGAAAUCACAGAUAAUUGGACAGCAUGGACAGAACGUUUUGAACAUUAUGUCGUUGUCAAUAGUGUACCGGAGAAUAAGAAAAAGUCGUUAUUCAUCACGUCAUUGGGCCCUCAAGCAUAUGAGUUAUUAAGGAAUUUAUGUACACCAGAGUCACCAUCUAAGAAGAAGCUAGAGGAGUUAAUGACAAUAAUGGGUAAUCAUCUUCAACCAGCUCCCAGCGUAAUUACCGAGCGCUACAAGUUUAAGGAAUGUCGUCAAACAAAUGAUCAAGAUGUUAAAUCUUAUUUGGCGGAGUUAAAAAAACUGUCAAUGCAGUGUAAAUUUGGUGAAAACCUGGAGUCCAGUAUCAGAGAUCAAUUUGUUUGGGGCCUGAAGAGUGCAGCGAUUAAGAAGAGACUUUUAGGGGAACCAAACCUCACUUAUAGUCGAGCAGUUGAAAUUUCCUCAGCGUUAGAGUCAGCGGCUAACGAUGUCAUGAGAAUGGAAUCUACGUCUAUGAAGGAUGACUCAUCGAUGAUCAACUACGUUCAGGAUAAGAAGAUUAAGGAAAGUAUUAAAUGCUAUUGUUGUGGAAAUGAUGGCCACAUAAAGGUUCAUUGCAAGUAUAAAAAUUACAAGUGUAAUAUUUGUAAAGUCGAAGGUCAUUUAGCUCAAAUGUGUAAGAGUAAAGACAAAAAAGAUAAUCAUAAGAAUGCGAUUAAAAAUAAUGAGAAUAAGUAUAAGAAUUAUGAUAAGAAUAAGUCGUUUAAGCGAGAGAAUCAAAAUUUUAUUGAGGAUUUAGACAUAGCUGAUGAUAUGGAGAAACUAUUUCAUAUAAAUGACUCAAAGGUUGUUGUCAGUGAUAGUAAUAAAAAUAAUUUAAUUUUUGUCAAUUUAACAGUAGAAAAUAAAGCGACUAAAUUAGAAUUAGAUACGGGUUCUCCAGUGUCAGCUAUCUCUAAAGGAACUUAUGAUAAAUGUUUCAAAAAUAAAAACAUGUUAACUAGUAAUCGCAAGUUUAAAUCUUAUCAAGGUGAUGUUAUGAAACCAUUAGGCUUUAUUAUGGUAAAUGUUGAGCAUAAAAAUAGAAUGCAUGAAUUAAAGUUGUAUGUAUUUCAGGGUAAUAACAAUCCAAUUGUUGGACGAGACUGGAUACAAGAGUUGGAACUUCUGGGACCAAUCGGCUCAAACUCAACACUAGGGCUUAAAUUUGUGGGGGAGGAGAUUAAUAGUGAGAAAAUUAUGGAAGAAUUUGAAGUAGUAUUUACAGAUGAACUGGGUAAAUAUAAUAAGCGAAAAAUUAAAUUAGAGUUGAAAGACGGCGCAAAACCGACUUGUUGCAAGCCUAGACCAUUGCCUUACGCGCUCAAAGAUAAAGUUGAAAAUGAAAUUAAAAGGUUAGUUAAUAAAGGUAUUUUAAUGCCAGUAAGCGACAGCGAAUGGGCAACUCCAAUAGUUCCGAUUGUCAAGAAAAAUGGUCAAAUUCGUAUUUGCGGUGAUUUUAAGGUUACGCUGAACCCGUGGUUAAAGAAAAAUAAACACCCGAUACCUAGAAUUCAAGAUUUACUGUCAGCAGUUAGGAAAAUAGAACGCGUGUCAAAAUUAGAUUUAUCGGAUGCUUAUCAGCAAUUUGAAUUAGAUGAUAAAUCGAAAGAAUUAGUAGUAAUAGCUACACAUUUGGGAUUGUUCGGAUAUAAUCGUCUAUGUUUUGGAGUGUCUCCAGCACCGGGAAUAUUUCAAAGUGAACUGGAGAAACAAUUUAAAGGGUUCGAAGGGGUUAAGAUUUUCUACGACGAUCUUUUUGUAUAUGGUACGACGGCACAAGAACACGACAAUCGAUUAAAAGCCGUUUUGAACAAAUUAAAAGAAUGCGGUUUAACGUUACGUAAAGAGAAAUGUGAAAUUGGCAAAAAACAAGUCGAAUUUCUAGGAUUUGUUGUUGGUAAAAACGGGAUCAGUAUAUCGGACAAAAAGACUAUAGCUAUUUCUAGUAUUACUGUUCCUAGUAAUCAAUCGGAAUUACGCGCUUUUUUAGGAAUGGUUAACUAUUAUUCAAAAUUCAUUCGGAACUAUUCGAGUAUUGUUGAACCUUUAUAUAAACUUUUGAGAAAGGACCACGCUUGGUCCUGGAGUAGUACACAACAGGUAGCGUUUGAUGAAGUUAAGGCUUGUCUUUGCUCGCAGCAAGUAUUGAUGCAUUAUAACCCAGAAUUGCCAAUUAAAGUCACGUGUGACGCGUCUCCAUAUGGGUUGGGGGCAGUCAUUGCCCACGUUUUAUCAAAUAAGAACUGCCGACCCAUUGCUUUUGCGUCAAGAUCACUAACCAAGGCUGAAAGAGGUUACUCUCAAAUUGACAAGGAAGCGGCCGCAAUUGUGUUCGCAGUCAAGACAUUUCACCAAUACUUGUACGGUAAACAUUUUGUAUUAGAAACGGACCAUAAGCCUUUGAUAUACAUUUUCGGACCUAACAAGGGAAUUCCAGUUAUGGCAGCUAGUCGACUCCAAAGGUGGGCUGUAAUCUUGUUGGGAGCUUGCAAGAGUUCAGUGGAGUCUGAGUUUGAGACGAUUGAUAACCAGGAGGUCCAGUCGCCCGAAUAUACAUACUUGAAUUAUGUUUUAGAUGAAGCAAUUACUAUUAAUUAUGAGACACUAAUUCGGGAGUCUUGUGAGGAUCGAGUACUACAACUGGUCAUUCAAUAUAUUAAGAAUGGCUGGCCUAGUAAAGUUGAUGAUGAGUUUACACCGUAUAAGAACAGAGCUCGCGAAUUAUCCAUUGAAAAUGAUUGUGUUAUGUGGGGCCAUCGUGUUGUGGUACCCAAAACUUUACAAAAACAGAUGUUAAAUGAACUACAUAGUAUACAUUUUGGUAUUGUUAAAAUGAAGGCUAUGGCUAGGUCGUUUGUAUGGUGGCCAAGCAUUGAUUCCGAUAUUGAGGAAAUCAGUAAAUCGUGUAAAUUUUGCUUGGAAAAUGCGGAUCAACCGCCUAGAACUCAAUUGCAUUCGUGGAGCUGGCCUGAUGCACCUAACCAUAGGCUUCAUUUAGAUUUUCUUGGACCUAUUGAUUCUCAAAUGUAUUUAGUCAUUAUUGAUGCUUUUUCUAAAUGGGUAGAUAUCCGUGCUGUAAGAGAUAUUACAACUAAAACAACUGUAUUGGUUUUAAGUGAUUAUUUCGCGACUUGGGGGUUACCACAUAAAAUUGUUUCGGAUAAUGGUCCUGCGUUUGCGUCAGCAGACUUCGCAGAGUUUGUUAAGAAAUAUGGAAUUGUCCACAUUAAAACAGCACCGUAUCAUCCAGCUUCGAAUGGAGCUGCUGAGAACGCGGUUAGAUCUUUUAAAAGUAAAUUUAAGCUAAUGUUGAAAUCUGGGUACGAUAAAAGUGAGGCGCUAAUUAAAUACUUGUUUUAUGCUAGAGCAACACCGCACGCGACUACAGGAGUUAGUCCUGCAGAGUUGCAAAUUGGUCGUAAGUUCAGGACAAUAUUAGAUUUAAUUAGACCGGAUGUUAGCGAGUACGUUAAGAAUAAGCAAGAUGCACAAAGGCGUAGUUCCACGGGUAAUCGAGUGGUUAAUUUUGAAGUGGGCUCACAAGUUAUGGUUAAAGAUUACCGAACAGGCUCAUGGUUAGUUGCAACUAUUAAUUCUCAGCUAAGUCCUGUUACGUAUCUAGUAGAUACAGGUGUGCAUACUUGGAAAAGACAUGCUGAUCAAAUUAGAGUUUGUAGUCAAAAUUAUGUAGAUCGUGGAACGGAUCAGGAACGGGUUUUGAAUGAUGUGACACGUAAUUAUAUGGAUGUAACAAGGCUGUAUCAAAAUAGAACACCGAUUGAUAAGAAUGAUAAUUGUAAUGAAGCACGUGAUGAACCUAUUGAAGUGAAAGACACAUCAACGCAUGAAUGUCGAGAGAUAACGUUAGACCGUACAAGCGCUAGUAAGGUAAAAAUGGAAACUCCAAUACGUAGGUCUCAGCGAACAAUUAGGGUACCUAAUAGAUUAAAUUUAUAAUAGUAACUUGCGGAUGUUUAAGAUUAAAAAGGAAGGAUUGUAAUGUUUGAUAGAUGUCGCUCAUAGUUAACUUAAGUGUCUUAUAUUGUGAGUGCGUUACCAAUGUCAGUCGCUUGUGUGCAACCAGUGAGUAAGCUGGUAUUCUGGAUAGUUGUGAACCUCUGUACUCUUUUAUUAUAACUUAACACAUUAAACUAUAUUUAUAUAUUUUAAUACUAAA